AUGGAUAUCACGACGGCGGUGUUCAACGCGGCGAGAGAUGGUAAGCUGAAACUUAUCCAGAAGUUGCUGAGCAACAAAACUCCCGAAGAGCUUGAAGCUUUAGCCGAAGAGAAAACACAGGGAGGCACCCCUCUCUUGAUAGCAUCGCGGUACGGACAUUUAGAGGUCGUAGACUACCUCCUCGAACACUGUAAGGCAAACGUCGAACUCGGGGGCUCGGUAAACUUCGACGGCGAGACUAUCGAAGGAGCUCCGCCGCUGUGGGCGGCGUCGGCAGCCGGUCACCUCCCGGUGGUCAAGACUCUUUUAAAACACGGUGCCUCGGUGAACAAUGCAACACUAACUAACUCCACUCCGCUGCGAGCUGCCUGCUUCGACGGCCACCUGGAAAUUGUACGCUACCUGGUGGAGCACAGAGCCGACAUGGAGGUGGCCAAUAGACACGGCCACACCUGCCUCAUGAUCUCCUGCUACAAGGGCCACAAGGAGAUAGCCAAGUUUUUACUGGACCGAGGGGCAGACGUUAACCGGAAAAGUGUCAAAGGAAACACAGCCCUCCACGACUGCGCUGAAUCCGGCAGCUUGGACAUCAUGAAGAUGUUGCUCAAGUGUAGCGCUCGCAUGGAAAGGGAUGGUUAUGGAAUGACCCCGCUGCUAGCUGCGAGUGUGACGGGACACACCAACAUUGUGGAGUACCUUGCCCACCAGCCCCGCACUUCUAGGGAGGAACGUAUAGAUGCGCUCGAACUCCUCGGCGCCACUUUUGUGGACAAGAAGAGGGAUCUGUUGGGAGCGAUGAAAUACUGGAGACGGGCCAUGGAGCUGAGGCAGCCGGGGGAAAAAGCAGGGUGCCUGACUAAGCCUCCACCCGGGGCCCCCAUACCUGCAUAUGGCUGUGCACAGGAGGUUAACAGUGCUGAAGAACUGGAAGCUCUGAUCACAGACCCCGACGAGAUGAGGAUGCAGGCCCUUUUGGUUCGCGAGCGCAUCCUGGGACCAUCCCACCCUGACACCUCCUAUUACAUCCGUUACCGGGGGGCCGUCUACGCAGACUCGGGCAAUUUUGAAAGAUGCAUCAGCUUGUGGAAGUACGCUUUAGAUAUGCAGCAGAGCAACCUGGACCCACUCAGCCCCAUGACGGCCUCUAGUUUCUUAUCCUUUGCUGAGCUCUUCUCCUUUGUCCUCCAAGACCGUGCAAAGGGCACCCUGUCCACACGCAUCACCUUCCACGAUCUGAUGACCGUGUUGGGUAAAAGCGUGCGGGAGGUGGAGCGAGCCGUGGCGCAGAAAGACAAUCCACCAGAGGCUCCUCAAUUCACCAAGGCGCUCGCCAUUAUCCUCCAUCUCAUCUUCCUGCUGGAGAAGCUGGAGUGCAACGCGCAGCAGGAGCACCAGAAGAAGCACACGGUCUACCGCCUGCUGAAGCUGAACCCUCGCGGCCGUUGCGGAUUCACGCCGCUCCACAUGGCCGUGGACAAGGAGACAACAUCGGUGGGACGCUACCCCGUCGGCCGCUUCCCCUCCCAGGCGGUGGCGGCGCUGCUGCUGGAGUGCGGCGCUGACGUGGACGCGCGGGACUGCGAGAACAACACGCCGCUGCACAUCGCCGCCUGCAACAGCUGUCCGGAGAUCAUGGCGCUUCUCAUGAAAGCCGGGGCGCACUUCGACGCCACCAACGCGCAGAGGAAGGCGGCAUACGAGCUGUUAGAUGAGCACAAUAUCAGCCACCCGGCUCUCUACCCGCUUAACUACAUCACCCUUCAGUGCCUGGCGGCUCGCGCUGUUGAAAAGCACAGACUUCCUUACAGGGGACUCAUCUCGGAGGAGAUGGAAGCCUUCAUUGAGCUGCACUGACCUCCAUUACCGACGUCACUACUUAGCAUCAAACUUCUCUCGUCUUCUUUUGACCCUUGCUUGCUUUACUCCUCCUUUGUCCCACCACAGUCUAGCUUUUAAAAUUUACAUCUUACAAAAAGCUACAAUACGUAUUUAAAUGGGUGGAUUUAUUGAAUGGCAGCAUCUGGUCAAAUGAGAAGUAUGACAUUUGAACACCACGGAUUACGAUAGUUGUUUGUCUGAUGUUCAGAAUGGAUGAUUCAACAAACCCAACCAGCCACACUUGCUUGUAUUUAUUGGUUCUGGUUGGUUACUGUUUGAUGACAUGUUAUUUCUGUUUGGAAAGAUUUUAAGCUCACUGUGCCAAAUGCAAACUGUGGGGGUCGUUGUCUUCAAUGGGAGUAAAGCCACAAACAUAUCAUUGGAAUUAUGACAUAAACUAAUAAUUUACUUGGAGACUUGGGAUUCCUCCGGUCAUUUUGAGAGACAAAUAUAUAUAAAACUACAAAAAGCACAUUUUGGUCUGGCAGUAUUUGAAGCGAAGAAUCACUGUGAACUGAUUGGACUCUGGAUUCUAAUUUGCUUCUCAGAGGUUAAAAAUGGAGAAUGUGUCCUAGGAAUGCCUUAACAUCCAAACCAUCCCUUUUAAUCCACCCUGCUUGCAGCAUUUGUCAUUGAAUCAACAGUCCUAGUUGAUACUUGGUUAUGACCAGUUGCCUAAAAUCCACUUUAACCUCUGUCGCAAUUCUCAAAAAUUGAAACAAUGGCUUUGUGGCCACUCUUGCAUCUCAGUCUUAUUUUUAAUAGGCUCUCUUGUGUUAUCUCGAAUGUUUGCUCUGUGUCCAGGCUGUAAGCAACACCACAUUGAAUGCUGACUCAGAUGCUUCAAAUGGACAUGCAUUCGGGCUACGAAUUGUUGCUGCCUUCCUCUUUCCCGAUGGUAUGAACAUAAUGUGUGUGUCAGAGAUCGCCUGAAUAAAAUUCAGUAUGUCAGCUGGA